AUGCGCCAAACCUCAUCAGAUGCUAUCCAUCCUAUCCCACACCCCGCACAGAUCCACCAUGAGUCUCAUUCAUUGAGCACAGCAAAAAAACGACACGGGACGGCAAUGUUCUCACUCACAAAUAAUGGGACCAUCCCAUCCGCCAAAAAUGAUGAAGUCUACAGCAUCGCCGCAGUGUUGAACAACAACGUAAAGGAAAUCGGCGUCGCGUUUCUUGAAUUCCCCUCCUUUGCAAUUUCCAUUGCACAGUUCGGCGAUACUUGCUCCUACUCCAAACUGAACACCUUGCUCUUCACACAAAACCCGGUCGAAGUGCUCCUUUCCAGCACAACAAUUCACGAUCCAUUUACCCGCCUCUUGACCGAACGCUUUGGUGCCGAAAUCACCUUCACGAGCAUCCCACGAAAAUAUUUCGACGUGGAGGAUGGUGUGGCCCGACUAAAUGAGCUUAAAUCGACCCCAGAAACCACCCUUUCCAUUGAGGACACCGAUCACUAUCUGAGCGUCGCAUCGGCGAAUGCUCUCGUGCUGUACGUGGAAGGGAUCACCCACCUGCAGCUGCGAACCGGGUCAAUUCGAGUGCGGUGUAUUUCGCUCGACCACUAUGUCGAUCUCUCGCGGUCUACGGCGCGUUCCCUUCACAUUUUGCCCCCAACCAGCUGUGAGGCGGAGAGUUCAAUACCCCGGCCGCAUCCUCCAACUUCACAGCCGCCCACCCACCCAUCCGUCAAAGGUGAUAAUAGGGGGAGGGAACCCCGGCAGACCGCCAUCAGGGGAAUGGCCUCAACAGGCCCGCGGCUGGGGAGCCUAAUGGAUGCCCUACCCCGACCUCGCACCGCCAUGGGCAGACGUUUUCUUCGCUCGAGCAUUCUGCAGCCUUUGAAAGACUGUGUGUCGAUUCAACAUCGGCACGACGCGGUGGAAUGGUUGGUGACCGAUCCGAAGCGUCUCGGGAUUCUAUUGCAGCCGCUUCAGCACUUAGCGGAUAUUGAUCUGGAAAAAAUUACGGCCAUCAUCGCGCUUAACCCAACGCAGCCAAGCGAUGAAAAUCGCCGGCGGUUGUUGGUCUCACUUUUGACGUUUUGGGACGCCUUGGAAGUCCUCCGAUCACUCCAAUGUUGUCUGCGAUCCCUUUUACCGAACUUAACAGAAAUCAAUCAUGAAAGCAACACAAACGACUCUGACACGCAACCCUUUCUCUUUCACCAAUUAUCACAAACGCUUGAAGCUUGUCUUCUGGACGAAAUUCUUGCCAUGUUCAAUCAGUUUAUGGAUCCCACAGUACGUGAACUACGCGAGCGAAUCCCCAGAAUGGGAGAAGUUGAUGAAACGACAGCCGCAACAUCCGGCGGUGCUUCUGGAUUGGGAUCCCGUGGCAACACUGAGGUCCACGUUCAUGGACAAAAAAAAAAGAAUUUUACCUAUCACAAUGUACUUCAGCUUAUGCGGAUUGGAUUUGCCAUCCAGGCCCCGACUGGAAGCGCCUUGGAUGUUGCUCGCAGUAUGCUUUGCCAGCAAAUACAAAACAUAACAGACUACCAAGUGCAGCUCGCGUUGCAGUACCAACUCAACACACUAAAACUAGAAGCAGAUCCUGAUCACAUGUUUUGUCUCUCUUACUUGAGUUCAGAAGAGCCAAAAACACGCGGCGGUCCUUUUAUUCACAAAUACGCCGGUGGUAGCCACUAUCAGCUUUACCUUCAAGCCCUUUGUGAUUUAAAAAAUGAGGGGGAUGAACUCUGUCCUUACGAAGAUACGACUGCUGCUCCACAUCUGAACCCGCUUCCUAAUAUAGGCGAAUCCCGCGGCAAGCGAAAAUCGACAAAGGUAUACUGCACGACUAGUGAGCUGAUAACACUGUGUUGUGCCGCGAUUCGUUGCAAUAGCGACAUUUUUCUGAAGGAGAUUCAAGCCGCGCAAGGGCUGUUGGCCGUUCUUCACGGUAAUUUGGGUCGCAUUCAGGCUCUCACAGAAGCUGUGGCAUUGCUGGAUAUGUUGCUGUCUUUCGCCACAUACUCCAUGAUAAAUCACAGUUCGCGCCCGUUGCUUUGGGACCAGGAAAGCGGAGCCACUACAAACCCAUAUCGCCAUGCUACGGCAAAAUCUGAUGGAAACAAUCCAAAUGGGAUGACUUUCUGUCUCUUGAAUGCCUACUACCCAUCCGUUGUUUCGUGCGCUUCAUCACGGAACACUUCGUUGGUACCGAACACCGUGACAUGGGCUCCGGAAGUCUCCGCAGUUAUUAUUACGGGGCCUAAUGGAGCUGGCAAGAGUCUGCUCCUGAGAAUGGUUGGGCAAAUCUUUGUGCUUGCUCAGUGUGGGUGCUUCGUUCCGGCGGAGUCAGCUGAGCUCUUCAUUACUGAUCGCAUCCUCGCACAUAUGCUUUGUGAUGAGCUGCCUUCAGUAUUGUGUUCUUCACAAAAAAGGGAACUGAUGGAACUUGCUGAAAUAUCGAACGUAGCAACAUCUCGCAGUGUUGUGCUUAUGGAUGAACUUGGCCGCUCUAUGCUUUACACGGAAGGCUUCACGCUUGCAUGGGCCGCCGUAAUGUGGGUAAGAAGCGAAGGAAUUCAUAGCCUAUUUUCAACCCAUUUUGCAGGAAUUACAGAAAUCCCGCACGUAUUCCCCGACACGAUAAACAUGCAUUUCGCAUUGGAAUAUGAAAAAAAAGAAGCAAGCGAAGCGGCUCAUAGAACCACUAUUUCGAUCUCACACCAUCUGAAGUCUGGCGCAUGCCCAGACUCCGCUUACGGGCUGCAGGUUGCAGCGAACCUGGGUCUUUUGCCAGAGGUCCUGUCCGUCGCCCGCUGUCUAUAUAAAGUACAUCUUCGAGAAACAAAGAACUUGGCCCUGCUCAACCGUAAGGAGUGA